AUGUGGUCGGCCGGAUUCAUCGCAAUAGUAUUCUACGUCUUCCUCGGCGCGAACCUGUUCUCUCGCCGGUCGCCGUAUUUCCACGACCGCGGAGCACCGCCCCCCGGCGCGUGGGCAGAUGGACCACUGAAGCUAGUCGAUACUCCGUGGACGCUGCACCAAAAGAACGACCUCUUUACCACCGCGGCCACGCACAUGGCGCUCCUGCACAACGCCAUCGUCCGCGGCUACAACUCCAUCUACCUGCAGGCGCCGCACGUCCGGGGCGACGACGUGCCCGACUUUGCGGCGUACGCCCUGACGUGGCACAAGUUCCUGGUGUCGCACCACGACGACGAGGAGGCCAAGCUGUUCCCGGACAUGGCCGGGAUACUCAGGGACGACGGGAUCUGGGGCAACAUGACGCAGGAGCACGGUACUCACUACUCGCGAGAGACGCCCAUGUUUUGUUGUUGCACGCAGGGCACAUACCAUGCUGACGCUGAUAUUUUCGCAGAAUCCUUCCUGCCCGGGCUCGCUGCCUUCCAGGCACUCCUCAACACCACCGACGCGACGGCGUAUGACCCCGGGGCCCUCCUCGGGGUCAUGGACUCGUUUGCGGCGGACCUCUCGGCGCACCUGCACAAUGAGGUGGCCGUCAUGGCGGCCAUGGCGGCGCACGAGAACGCGCCGGCGCGGGAGUCUCUCCGGGGCGCGCUGGCGGGCGACAUGCUCAAGGCGUGGGGGAAGAACACCGUCACAAAGGCCGGGUACGUCGACGUGCUGCCGUUCUUCCUGCUCAACACGGACCGGACGUUUGAGGGCGGCGUGUGGAGGAACUGGCCGCGCAUGCCCGAGGCCGUUCGGUGGAGUAUGGUGAAUCUGGUGGGGAUGAGGCACGGCCCGCGGUGGAGGUUUUCGAGCUGCGAUGCUGCCGGGCGGCCGAGGGAGCUGUUUGCUUUGAAGGCCUUGAGAGAAGAGAAGGAGAAGGGGAAGGAGAGAUCUGAGUUGUAG